AUGGUAAGUUCUCUCCUUUCUCUGCUUGCCAUCGCAGCAGCAGGGGUCUCAGCCGCGUCAAUUCCUAGCACUCCUAGCUCAGUUCUCAGUGCUCGCAACACCAACCUGACCCCGGGAUGCGAGAACGGCCCUACGUCCCGCCAGUGCUGGGGCAAGUACGACAUCAACACCAACUACUACGAUGAGAUAUUUUAUACAAAUCACACAGUCGAGUACUGGCUGAGUCUCGAGGAGAUCGAUUGUGCACCGGACGGGUACUUGCGUAAAUGUAUGACGGCCAAUGGUACUAUGCCUGGCCCAGCCAUCACGGCUAAUUGGGGAGACGAAAUUGUCGUCCAUGUCACCAACAACAUGAAGACCAAUGGAUCAGCUAUUCAUUGGCACGGUGUGAGACAGCUCAACAACAACGUAAAUGAUGGAACACCUGGUGUCACGCAAUGCCCUAUUGCACCUGGGACAAGCAUGACAUACAAAUUUCACGCCGAGCAGUACGGCACAUCUUGGUACCACAGCCACUUCAGCUUCCAAUUUAGCAAUGGUCUGUACGGACCACUGAUUAUCAAUGGUCCUGCCACAGCUGACUAUGAUGAGGACCUCGGUGCCGUCUUCAUUACAGACUGGGACCACAUAACAGCCGAUCAAAUCUGGGCCACCAUCGCCAACUUCAACGUCACGUUCGACGGCUCUAGCACGGGUCUGAUCAAUGGCAUGAACACUGGAAAUUGCACGGCACUCAACGCGACAAACGCCGACCCUAAUUGCCUUAGUGAGGGCAGAAAGUUUGAACUGCACUUCGAGCAAGGCAAGAAGUAUCGUUUGCGGUUGUUCAAUGUUGCGAUGGAGGACUGGGUACAAUUCAGCAUUGACAACCACACCAUGACGGUGAUCGCAAUGGACUUUGUGCCUAUCGUGCCGUACGAGACUAAGAGUAUUUUCAUUGACAUGGGACAGCGGUACGACGUUAUUAUCGAGGCGAACGCAGCACCCGCGGAUUAUUGGCUGCGCAGUGGUUUUGAGCCAUUAUGUAUUCCCAACGGCGCGGGUGCAAAUAACAUUACGGCCAUUGUGAGAUAUGACAACACCAGCACCGCAGAUCCGACCAGCUCGAGCGUGGACGGUGCCAUAAUAGGAUGGGAUCUCUGCGUAGAUGAGCAGCCCACCAACUUGGAGCCAUGGGUUCCUGUCGACUUGGACAUGGCCAAAGUGGUCGAAGGAGUUCAGACAGAGAUCGUCACGGGAUUCUAUGACGACAAUACCUACCUUCGAUGGUCAAUCAACGGGGGAUCGUUCAUGUGGGUGAAUUGGUCAAAUCCAGCACUGGAAGACGUUGUGGCUGGAGACUUGAGUGGCAUUCCCACAACAGAUAACAUUUUCCAAGUUGGCUCCAACUCGUCUGCGAAGAGCACGCUUCGUAACGAGACGGAGUGGGUCGUCCUCGUCAUCGAGGACACAACUCCCAUAACCGGCAUAUCUCAUCCCAUCCACCUGCAUGGUCAUGACUUCUUAGUGUUGUCAACAGGCUAUGAACGGUGGACUGGAAGAACGUAUGGCUGGCAACUUACCAAUCCGCCGCGUCGCGACACGGCCACCAUGCCAGCCAACGGUUAUGUCGCAAUCGCGUGGCCUCUCGACAACCCGGGUGUUUGGGCGUUACACUGCCAUAUUGCCUGGCAUAGCAGUCAAGGCUUUGGAGCAACGGUGCUGGAGUCAGCGGACAUGAUGCCUAAGCCGUUGGGAGGCGACUGGUCCCAGGAGAUAGACUCAGUUUGCAAGGCCUGGAAUGAAUACGCGCCGACUGCUCCCUUCCAGCAGGUCGAUGCUGGUAUCUAA